AUGCAAAGCGGCGAACUUGAAGAUGAUGCCGGACAUGGGCAAGCAGAAGCCAGCGAAGCUACCGUGGAGUUAAUCUCGAUCGACUUUGUCGGUCCGUUGACACGGUCUAAGCGCGGAAACACGGUGAUGUUGGUGAUCGUUGACUGGAUUACUAAGUAUGUCAUUGUUCAUCCAAUGCGAAGCGCAGACGCGGUCCGCAUGGUAGAGUUUCUCGAACGGGAGGUCUUUCUCAAGUUUUCUCGUCCCCGGAUCAUACUUUCGGAUAAUGGAAAGCAGUUCACUUCACUCGUCUUUCAAGCGCUCCUGGCCAAGCACAAGAUCAUCCACAUGAAAACGGCAUUUUAUUGUCCAAUGGUAAACAACGCUGAGCGCGUGAAUCGUGUGUUGGUGACUUGUAUUCGCGCUUUGUUGGACGAGGAUCACAUAAGCUGGGAUGAGAAUCUACAAGCCAUUGUAGCAGCGAUCAACAGCGCGAAGCAUGAGGUGACUGGUGUGAGUCCGCACUAUGCCAACUUUGGGCGUGAUCUACUGUUGCAUACGGACCUGUACACCCAGCAAGAUCUCAAUACCGCGGAUGACCCUAAGGUUGCACAGGACAUGCGGCUGUCGGCGAUUCGCCGUAUACAGGAGUUCAUCAACAAGCGGAUCAAGAAGAACCAUGAGAAGAAGCAGCAGAAGUACAAUUUGCGGACGAGAACGGUAGCGUUCAAGGUCGGUGAUCUGGUGUGGCGUAGGACGUUCAACCUGUCAUCGAAAGCCGACAAGUUCAACCAAAAGUUAAGUCCGAAGUUUGUACCAGCAGUCGUACGGGAAGUUCUUGGAACCAACCUGUAUACGCUCGAGGAUGUGACCAGUGGAAAGCGCGGCAGGUAUCAUGCCAAGGAUAUCAAGGAGGAUUGA